AUGUAUGUAAGAUCUCUCGCACGAAGAAUACGUUCAACAGUGUUGAUAUCAUGGCGCAUCAGCUCUCUAGCCUCCCUGCUCACCAGCCCACUCGCAGCAACUUCUCCGACAUUCUUGCAGCGUCGCACGGUAACACUAGGUGAGCUUGCCAAAGCUUUCAGCGAACUAGGAACCUCAACAGAAUCAGAUGCAGGAACAACAGCAAUAUCGCAAGUGCAGGAUAGUUAUCAUGACGUGAAGAAGACAUCAAGCUUCUCUAUUCAAGGAAAUCAAACAUCUAUGCAUGAAGAAAUUGAAAGUCCCGGAGGAAAUAGAAUUCUCACCAAGACGACACGUACACAGGAGGUGUCUAGAUUCCUAACCAAGGAGAGGUGGCAGCGACGUCUCUUCGCGCCAUCGACCGCUUCAUCACACGGGGCUACACAACCACUACUGAAUCUUUCCCUUGCUUAUGCUCAGCACCUGCGUACACUGUCAGAGGCUGAUCUUACUGCCGAAGUGACUAAAAGCUACCGACGUCUGAACUACGGGAACAUGAUACAAUGUUUGAUCGAGGUCUGGCGCAGGCUGGAGUGGUUGGCCUCCACUGUACCCGCCAUCGGUAUACCACUUAACAGUAUCGAAUUUCAGUGCGAUAUGUGGGACACAAGUACCAAAUUUCGCUUAAAUGAUGGAGACUCUUCAGAAGAGGGGGUGAAAAGAACUACAACAUCUUGCGGGAAUCAUGGAGGGAAUGCUAAUACUCAUCGAUGUGUAGGCCCUGGCGUAUCGUUGGACAACUGGUAUAUCGCACCGGAGGAAGCGGCACCUAGAGCUGAGCUUAAUGGCCCCCAAACUUUUCGUACCGAUCGCCUUCUUGAGGCAGUGCUGCGAUGCCUGUGCAAAAUGGAUCUUAUCGAGCUGGAGCCGAAAAUAUGUGCAUGGAUCGAGCACCACAUGGAGGAGUUACACCUCGCACAAGGUAUGGAGACGGAUAAGAUCAAAAAAGCUCAAGGACCAAGUGCUGCCGCGCUGCCGCACACUGGAGGGCCAUCCAGAAGCGCUUUUAGUGGGGGGAAGUGGGUCUGGGGAGUUGAAUUGUACUCCUUAGGAGUGAGCUGCCACUAUGCCUACCCCUGGUCGGCUACGUUUGAAUUCGCUGACGCUAAACUGGCACGUGUGCCAAUCGAGGAUAAUAAACAACAUCUGAGACCGAUGGUUAGGGCUGAGGAAGCAUCAUUGCCUAGCGCUGGCACUCGUUUUCUGCACAAGCUGUCCGAGCACCUUCUCCGGUGGCUGCUCAUGCGUGUUUCCACCUUUGAUGCAGAGACAUCGGUCACAGUACUCCAUCUUGUGGCGCAGCAGCGCCUACUUUUCUCUGAUGCAUUGUUGGAAACACUGGCCGAUAACAUUGGUUUGGGUAUCCAUCGGCUUGACAUGCAUCAGUUGUCAGUACUGAUUGACGCGAUUCAUCGCUACCAAAUGGGAAUCCUCAACGUCAAGCGAUGGCGUGAUACUGGAAUGAAAGCAGAAGGCGAUGACCUUCACAGACCCAUGGGGAUGAUGGACCCUAGCUUCAGGAGCAUGCCUCUCGGGAUGCCCACGCCAUCGCCAACGUCGUAUCAGGAUUCUUCUUCUAUAAGAAAUUCCUCCCAGCUGCCUACACCAACUCCACACGCCCUGCAUCAGGGUAUGGAUUGGCAUCCAAUUGUGAAUGAAUGGCUCUACAACAGCGUGGUAGAGCAAAUGAUUCUGCUCCUGAGUCGUCACCAACAGGGAGACCACGUCGAGACAGGGGACGAAGCAUCCGGUAAAGACAAGAAAACCUCUUCUGCGUGCUUCGCUGGGUGGUCUCAGAUAUCACCUACAGGCUUUUUGUUCCUCACACGAGCUCUUGCAAGACUUACGUUCUUUCAUCCACGCCUCAUCCCUUCGAUGCUACCUGGACUUGCCGCGUUUCUACGACGGCACCCUGAGCCUUAUCUAGGCAUCGUGCUGUUGCUUGGUAGACGAGAAAAUUGUGUGAUUGAUGCAGAAGUGGUGUAUGUACUACUGAAAAAUCUUACUACAAUGUUGGAACGUCGUUCAGACGCUAAGGUGCAGGCCCCAACACGCGGCGCCAGUGAUGGUGCGACGGGCAUGGAUUAUGCCUUUGAUAUACUUAAUUUGGAUGAGAAUCAGGUCAAAAGUUCCGUAGGCGAUGUGUUCUCUGCCUCCAGGGAAAAAAGCCAUGCUCUAGCCCCACGCUAUGGAGAUGACGGCAUCAGCGGUGGUGAUGAAGGGGGAGAGCGACAACUGAUGCUUUUAUGCGACGAAUACUGUUACGAUGGGCCUCCUUCUCGAGGCCUUAAUACAUCAGGGAGCAGUUCCUUUGUGCAAGCUUCAGCCCUACGCUACCGAGUGGGUCUUAUUGACGUUUACGUCCUACCAACCCUCAUACGAAGUAUCUCUCGUUUGUUCCGUCUCGCUUUAAAGCAAGAUUCCCCACAAAUAUCACUCGGGCAUAACACCAAAUGCACGAGAGACAGAAACUCCUAUACAAAUACGAAGAUCUAUAGCAAUCCUGCUGAUAGUGAUCCAGCUCGAGAAGCUUAUCAAGACGUAACUCGAGAGGCUCUUCAGCGUGCUAUGACCCACUUCUUGCGACUUCUUUACACUGACGCGCAUCGCGGAAUCUCAUCACUUGAGGUGCUCGAGCACGACUUUCCACUGGCGGCUGUACAGCGUCUGCUUUUCUUGGUCCUUGAUACGAACAGGUUCAUGGAGGAACUAGUCAGACCUCCACAUUCGUCCGCUGUGGUAGAGAUGGGCUUGGCCACAACGACGAACGACAACACUAUUUGUCACGAAGAAACCAACGUAGGAGGAAGAACACAAAGGCCAAAUGCUGUUACGAGUAAUGAUUCGUGCGACUCCAUUUCUGUCUUGGUCUCACACGCGUUUGUGGUGGAGUUGACAUAUGUCUGGGCACGGCAAAUUGGUAGCCACUUUAGCGAGCGGCAGAGACAAGUACAGCGGGGCUCUCUGGCUUGGCAACAGCAGGUGCUGUACAUGGUAGAUCAGCUACAGCGGGGCGGUGUGCUGAAGCGCAUAGAGUAUCAAUCGACUGGAAAGCUAAGCCAAGAUGACGGGAGGUUUCAGAGUCUUGGGCACGUGGCUUUCCAUGCCGAUCGAAGGACCGUGGUACGAUAUGUAAUCCCGGAUGAGCUAAUAAGCAAGCACCCACGCGUAGCGAGCGAAAUUAAUCAUGAAAAGGAACGCAUUUCGCACAAGUUGCUCGACAAACAACGUGAAAAGUGGAAUCAUUUAAAGGGCUUGCCAGGAGACCGUGGCGUUUUGGCGCCAGUAUUGAAAACAUCUGCAGUGUUUGCACCUUUCUCAAGGGUGUUAAAUGCUCUUCGGCGACAAGAAGGGAACUACUCAACAGGAAGCUAA